UGAAUUACAUCACAGCCGUAUGGAGCCUGGCUAAUAUAUCCUAAGCAGGCUGUGGGACAAGGUACAGCUCUCCAGUCUUGCAGAAUUACUACAGAGCACUGAAGGAGUCUUACAGAGCAAGGACCUCAGCAGAUCCUGCCAGGAGAACAUAGUCUGCAGGGAAUUCAUGGACAAUUCUAAGGACCUUGCAGAUUCCCCUGGUGGCUUUUAAACCAAAGGAGCCUUGGGAGUAGCAAAAGAAGAAAAAAAAAAUAAGAAACCAGAACUUCAUUUGGGACUUUUUUUGUGUGUCUUGCUACACCUCCCCUGCUAUACUCCUUUCACUCUUGGAGAAAUUGAGUCUCUGGUUACCAUGGUGAUCCAGCUGAAAGUGAAGAAUAUUUAACAAGGGGGAGGCUGGACCUUGCAGGCAGACAAGCUGGUGCCAUUAGGGGCUGAGCGCUGGGACUGUUCAAGUAUCCACAAUCAGAGCUCUUGUGGACUGCAAUGAAAGGUGGUGGCAUUGAAGCCUCUGGAUACCUGGGAUAACUGACCCCCUUCACCCCUCCCCCCAAUAUUUCUGAUGCAUUAUUUAUGAUCUUUGGCAAAAAGAGGAGAACUCUUUUUCUCAUAGUGUGUGGCUGUGAUAAGCAUGUAUCAUCCUCAGUGCAUUGUGACUAUAUAUGCCCUGGUGGUCUUUCUGGGACUUCGUAUUGACCAAGGGUCAUGUCAGCAUUAUCUUCACAUCAGACCAGCUCCUAGUGAAAACCUGCCACUGGUGGAUCUUAUUGAGCAUCCGGAUCCUAUUUUUGACCCUAAGGAGAAAGACCUUAACGAGACAGUGCUAAGGACACUCAUGGCUGGUCACUUUGACCCAAACUUCAUGGCCAUCAAUCUACCGGAGGACAGGGUUGGUGUGGAAGACCUUGGGGAGCUGGACCUCCUUCUCAGGCAGAAGCCCUCUGGGGCAAUGCCUGCAGAUAUCAAAGGUUUGGAGUUUUAUGAAGGUCUUCAGGGCAAGAAGCACAAGUUGAGCAAGAAGCUCAGAAGAAAAUUGCAAAUGUGGGUAUGGGCAUAUUCCUACUGCCCCGUCCUAUACACGUGGAAUGACCUAGGGACCAGGUUUUGGCCACGUUAUGUGAAAGUGGGCAGCUGCUACAGUAAAAGGUCUUGUUCUGUACCAGAAGGCAUGGUUUGCAAAGCUGCCAAGUCGAUGCAUUUGACCAUCUUAAGGUGGAGAUGUCAACGCAGGUUACUUCAAAGGUGCCAAUGGAUUCCUAUCCAGUACCCUAUCAUAUCUGAGUGCAAAUGCUCAUGUUAAGACUGUCAAAGACUUUCAUUUUUUAUUGCAAAAGACAUGGCUUUAUGGUUAAUGUUGUGUGCACUGUAUAAUGUAGGAAUGUAUAUGUGUGUAUAUAUGGUGUCAGUCUAAAUUACUAUUAAAAAGGUCAGUAUUAUUCUUUUAAAUAA